CCUACCUAUACAUUUUCUUUUCUCUUUCCUCUCAUCUCUAUUUUUCCGAUUCCUACUCCGCCGGAGAAACAAUGACGGCGAAUCUCCUCCGAUUCUCCCUCGCACCUAAUCACAAUCUCACUUCCAGCUUCAGUCGCUCCAAUGUCAACCACGAACGACGUCGUAUCAACGGCCAUCACUUCAAUCCUCUCAUCCACCAACGACGUCGUAGCAGUCAGCUAUUGCUGCGGCGCAAUGCCGUAUUCGCGAAGGCUGUUGAGUUUAAAGCUCCGGCGAGCGGAACUGAACAGCAGCAGCAGUUGAAGAAAGAUGAAACGACAGUACUACUCGACGUGAGCGGGAUGAUGUGUGGCGCGUGCGUCACACGCGUCAAGUCGAUCCUCUCCGCCGACGACCGAGUUGACUCGGCUGUGGUCAACAUGUUGACCGAGACAGCUGCGGUAAAGUUGAAACCGGAGGCUGAUGAGAGUUUUGCGGCCGCUGAGGAGUUAGCUCAGAGGCUGACCGGAUGUGGUUUUCCGACAAAGAAGAGGUCGUCGGGGUUAGGAGUAGAUGAGAAGGUGAAGAACUGGAAGGAAAUGGUGGAGAAAAAGGAGGCAUUGCUUGUUGAGAGUCGAAACAGAGUGUUUUUUGCUUGGUCUCUGGUCGCUUUAUGCUGUGGAACUCACGCUACUCAUAUAUUGCACUCUCUUGGCAUUCAUAUUGGUCACGGUUCAGUGUUGGAUGUACUGCAUAAUUCUUAUGUCAAAGCUGGAUUGGCAUUAGGGGCUUUACUUGGACCUGGACGAGACCUGCUUUUUGAUGGUAUUCGGGCAUUCGCAAAGGGAUCACCAAAUAUGAACUCUCUUGUUGGCUUUGGAUCGAUUGCUGCUUUUGCAAUUAGUUCUGUCUCACUACUUAACCCUGCGCUUCAAUGGGAAGCAACAUUCUUUGAUGAGCCGGUCAUGCUUCUUGGGUUUGUACUACUAGGACGUUCUUUGGAGGAAAGGGCAAGGCUGAAAGCAUCUAGUGACAUGAAUGAGCUAUUAUCGCUUAUAUCCACUCAGUCUAGACUUGUGGUUACUUCUUCCGGCAGUGGUUCCUCAGCUGAUGUUGUCGGCUCUGAUGCAAUAUGUAUUGAAGUUCCAACUGAUGAUAUUCGAGUUGGUGAUUCUUUGCUCGUUUUGCCUGGAGAAACUAUUCCCGUAGAUGGAAGAGUCGUUGCAGGUCGAAGUGUUGUGGAUGAAUCUAUGCUUACUGGAGAGUCUCUUCCAGUGUUUAAAGAGAAGGGCUUUUCUGUCUCAGCUGGUACAAUAAACUGGGACAGUCCUUUAAGGAUUGAGGCCUCUUCCACUGGUUCCAACUCAACAAUUUCCAAGAUUGUUAACAUGGUUGAGGAUGCUCAAGGCCGUGAAGCACCAAUUCAGCGACUAGCAGAUACAAUUGCUGGGCCAUUUGUUUACAGUGUGAUGACAUUAUCAGCUGCAACAUUUGGGUUCUGGUAUUAUGUUGGAUCGCACAUCUUCCCAGAUGUUUUACUGAAUGAUAUUGCCGGACCAGAAGGAGAUCCUUUGCUUCUGAGCCUGAAACUUGCUGUAGAUGUAUUGGUAGUUUCCUGCCCUUGCGCUUUAGGCCUUGCCACACCAACUGCUAUUCUAGUUGGCACAUCCCUAGGAGCAAGACAGGGGCUUCUUAUUAGAGGAGGAGAUGUACUGGAGCGUUUGGCAAGCGUGGAUCAUGUCAUGCUGGACAAGACAGGAACUCUGACUGAAGGAAAACCUGCUGUCUCUGCUGUAGCGUCCUUGGGUCAUGAGGAAAUAGAGAUUCUUCAAAUUGCUGCUGCAGUGGAGAAAACAGCAUCUCACCCCAUUGCUCAUGCUAUUAUAAGCAAAGCAGAAUCGUUGGAUUUGAGUAUCCCUGUCACACGUGGACAAUUAGCUGAACCUGGCUCUGGAACCAUGGCAGAAGUAAAUGGGCUCUUGGUUGCAAUUGGAAAGCUGAAAUGGGUUCAAGAACGUUUCCAGCAAAAAGCAGACCUUUCUGAUUUGAGGAGUCUUGAGCAAUCUGUGAUGCAUAAAUCAUUAAAGGACAGGCAAUCAUCUAGCCAUUCAACCACAGUUGUAUACGUUGGUCGGGAGGGAGAGGGUGUGAUUGGGGCUAUUGCGAUCUCUGAUAAAUUACGUGAGGAUGCUGAGUCUACCAUAAGAAGGCUUCAGGGCAAGGGAAUUCAAACAAUACUGUUAUCGGGAGACAGGGAAGAGGCAGUUGCAACUGUAGCAAAGACGGUUGGCAUAAAAGACAAAUUUGUCAAUGCAUCUUUGACACCCCAGCAGAAAUCUGCUGCCAUCUCAGUUCUUCAAGCUUCAGGCCACCGUGUUGCCAUGGUCGGUGACGGCAUUAAUGAUGCACCUUCUCUUGCUCUUGCUGAUGUGGGGAUUGCUUUGCAAGUUGAAGGACAGGAAACUGCUGCUUCAAAUGCAGCAUCUAUUAUACUCCUCGGGAAUAGACUUUCACAGGUGGUGGAAGCUCUUGAUCUUGCACGGGCAACUAUGGCAAAAGUUCAUCAAAAUUUGUCUUGGGCGGUUGCAUAUAAUGUUGUCGCAAUACCCAUUGCAGCUGGAGUGCUACUUCCAAAUUUUGAUUUUGCAAUGACACCAUCCCUUUCAGGAGGAUUAAUGGCUUUGAGCUCAAUAUUUGUCGUCUCCAACUCACUGCUUCUACAGUUCCACGGUUCUCAAAGGAAAAGAAAAGAGAACCUUACCUAUAAACGAGCUCAAACAAAGCUAUAAUUCUUGCAAAUCAUGGAGUUGGCAUAUAAGAAUCUGAAUGUGUGUAAUAUUUUGUGCCACUCAUUCUUCGACUUUGCUGUUUUGUCAGCUUUAUGGGGGAGAAAUCUGGGAGGAGCUAGGUGUCAUAAAAUACUAGUUAUAGAGUAUUGUCAAAACUAGCUUCUACAUUUGAAAACCGAGACAAUAGACAAUGGUGUGUUAACCCGAAAUAAAUAAGUAAAUAAAUAAUUAUUUGUCGUUAUGA